UUCUGAAAAUUAAAAAGCAUUUCUGUUAAUGCAUUUGAAUUUUCAAAUUAGCUUUAUCAUUUGAAUUUUGAUCACUAUUCGCUUCCAUACUAAAACUGCUGAGGCCCAUUAUAUCACCCAAACAGAUUAAGUGUUUUCUCACAGAAAAAAACAACUGUAUUUUCCUGCUUUAAGAUUAAAAGAAAAGGCUCCAUUCACUUUCCCCCUCCUCAAAACCUUAAUGGUAGUCAUACUGUCAUCAAUUUGGUCAAAUUCCAAUGUGGGUGUAAUCCCAUUUUUUUCCCUAGAGGGCGCACUUUCAUUCUCUGAUAAAGAAAUACUGUCUCCACUUGUCUCUCCUGUUCUCCACUUUGCCUAUGUUCUCACAACGCUCCCUUUAACUCGGAGAGGGAGGCGGGUCUGGAAUCGUUUUCCUCUUCUCUUCUCUGCUCUAUUCAGCUGCUUGCAAGAAGUUCACAGCACACACUCAACUACACACACAUGCAGUCAAACACAUACAUAUGGACAUGGACACACUUCCUCACGCUGAAUGGUCUCUUUGGCUCCCCAGGUACUUUGUGGCUUUUUAGUUUCCAGGCAGAACCAUUUAAUUAUUCAGACCCAAAUCACACAGAUGCACACAAACAUAUUCACACACACAUCCACACACCCUGAAAUUUACAUGAAAAACGUACACAUAUUCACUAACAGAUUUGCAUCAAUAGAAUCUAAAUCCAGUUUCCCUUGUGUAAUUUAUUUCUUCUCUAUUUACCCUCUAAUGAAGAUCUUGUCACUCUUUUUGAGUGUUUCUGUUUAACUCCAUGGUACACCAAAUGUGUUCACAAAAUGUUGUGGGUUUAAUUAUUACCCAACUAUUACCCCAAGGUUGAGGGACGAGGGAUGAAAGAAGAGAGAGCGAAGAUUAUGGAGGAGGUCUAGGGUCUGGGAUGUGGCAGAAGAGGAGGAAUGUAGCAGACAGAGGGUAAACAUUGCCAGUAGCUUAAAAACACACACAUGCAGACACAUUUAAACACACACUGUUGAAAACAGGAGUGUUUCAUUAAGAAUUUCAACCGCCUGUCCCCAUUCAUCUGUCCAAACAGGAAUACAUAGCUCACCAGCUGUCUCCAUGGCUCUCCUGUGCUGUACCAUGUUGGUGCUGCUGUAUGUUUUUGGCUCUGCUUCUGCCACUGUAUUAGCUGGCAUGGACUACGGGGGUGUUCCUCUGUGGAUUAAUCGCCUGUUGGGUGAGCCCAGUGUGCUGAGCCUGCAGGGGCGGAUGGAUCGAGCCUGGUUCAGAACCAACAACCCUCAGGCCUGCCCUGAACAGUGUGAUUGCCCCAUCCAGUGGCCCACAGCCCUUUACUGUGACCACAGAGUCCUGGCCGAUAUCCCUGACAGCCUGCCAGAGAGAACUCAAUACCUAUUUCUUCAGGGCAACAACAUCUCGUCCCUGUCUUCCUUGUUUCUGGCCAACAUCACUGGUCUGCGCUGGCUCAUCCUGGACCACAACCAGUUACAGAGUGACACACUGGACCAGUCCGUCCUGCAGAACCAGACCAAGUUGCGCUACUUUUUCGCAAACCACAACCACCUGAGGUCCGUGCCCAGCACUCUACCGGCAGGACUCAAGCAGCUGCGUCUGUCCUACAACCAAAUCAGCAUCAUCAGUCCCGGAACUUUCCAGAAACUUCAUAACCUGACACUGCUGCUGCUGCAGGGAAACAGAUUGCAAACCAUCACGGAGAGAGACCUCAAAGGACUGGUUAGAAUGAACCUGCUCGACCUCAGUGGGAAUUUGUUUUUGUCCGUUCCCAGGCAUUUACCCCCGUCUGUCCAGCAGCUCUAUCUGUCCAAUAACGCUCUCUCUGGGCUGGAUGAGGAAAGCUUUCAGGGGUUUCUCCAACUGAAGUACCUUCGUCUAAGUCACUGUGGUCUGAAAAGCCAUGACAUCCCUCCACAGGCCUUCAACAUCUCCAGCUUGGUUGAACUGGACCUUUCAAAUAACAAACUUACGACUGUUCCGACUGUCCCCACCUCCCUGCAGUACCUUUACCUAGAGGCCAAUGAAAUACAAGCACCUGCAAAACUUCUAAUGGGAAAUGCAGACUCUGUGAGAGGAAGAGGCUAAUCAAAACUAUCAGGCGAGAAAACAUUUUUUCAUGUGAUUUAGGAGCUUCAUCCUAAUAAUUUGCAUAUGAUGAACACAUGGUCCAUGAUGUUAAAUCAAAGCUCUCUGGACUGCUUUAUUAUCUACAAUGAUUUGACAAGACAGAAAUAAGCAUAUGGCUGUCACUCUGGUGAAUAAUGACUCUUUCAAAAAAGAAUAUGGUC